UUGUCCUAUGACUGUGUUCCCAAAGGAAAUAUUUCAGGCUCUGUCCGACUGGAGACUGUUUAUGCUGACAACUACAAGCUGUGCUGUCCGGCGACACUACCCCGAGGGUUCAACGUGCUCAACUGUCACGCUCCCUCCGAUGAAGUGUCUUCCUGUGACGAUCUGCUGCGCUCCAACCUGUACCGCGUGGCACUCGCCAUCUUUGCCUCGCUGGCCUUACUAGGAAAUGUCGGCACACUGCUUUACCGCUUCAUCUUCCACAACAGCACAGGUAACGUGGGCUACGAUGUCUUUGUCACCAACCUGUGUGUGGCCGACUUUCUCAUGGGUGCAUAUCUCUUUAUCAUCGGCAUCGCUGACUACAGGUACAAAGGUAUUUACCUGUGGGAGGAUGUCGGGUGGAGAAACAGCGAUUUGUGCAAGGUGGCGGGUUUUACGUGUUUGUUGUCGUCUGAAGUGUCAGUUUUUAUAAUAUUUUUCAUUACUGUUGACAGGUUUUUAGUUCUUCGUUUUCCAUUUAGUCAGGUACGGUUUAAAAGAACUUCAGCUCAGGUAGUGUGCGCCUUGUCUUGGCUAACAGGAGUUGGUCUGGCAGCGGUUCCUCUCAUUCCGCCCACCUCCCACUGGGACUUUUACAGUCAGACCAGCAUCUGUAUUCCUCUCCCAACAUCAAGAGUGAUGUUUUCUGGUCGCUUGUAUUCCUAUGGCGUGAUGAUUAUCUUGAAUUUAAUCUUUUUUCUGUUAAUAUUGUUCGGGCAAAUCCUUCAUUUACUGGUCAGUUCGUUCCAACUCAAUAUCUUCCGUCAGCUCGUCAAGAGUAACAAAGACUUGACUAUCGCCAGACGCCUCAUCUCAGUCGUCAUGUCGGAUUUUCUGUGUUGGUUUCCUGUUGGUCUGACGGGAAUCCUCGCCUCGUUCGAUGUUCCCAUCGUCAGUGAGGUCAACGUUGUUAUCGUCAUUUUUGUUUUGCCUUUCAACUCUGCGCUAAACCCAUUCCUGUACACCAUCAACACCUACUUGGAGCGCAGACGGCGCGUGCUGGAGGAACAAAGGCGAAAUCGUAUCAUUGCUCAGGUGAAGUGUUUAGCUUCUAAUACAGGUUCUGACAAUACAAGGGUCACUCUGACCCACAAUGAAGCCCUCGACCUCCUUCAGACCAUGUUUGCAGUCAAAUACUGACCUCGGAGUCACUAGAAAGUCAGAAUGACGAUCAAAAUAGGAGUGUAAGACAACCAGUCUUUCUGAAAGAUAAAAUUAUUGUUUGGUUUUUUUUUUGUUUCUUUCUUUUGUAUUUGGUUUUGUUUUUUGCUAAUUGUAAGUUUAUAUAUAUAUGGGACCACUGGGCGAGUGGUCAUUUGAUCAUAUAUAAUUUCAAAGUCACCAUGUUCUCACCUAAAUUUGUGCUUUUUAAUUCUUUACGAAAACUACUUUGAAUGCCAAUUAGUGAGCAGUUUCAAUUUACAUAUGAUGCACUUAUGAGCGCACAAAACAAUUUAAUUAUGUGGAAAACUAAAUUUUCCACAAAAAAUUAUAAAAUUCCAUCCUCGGGCAGGACAUGUUUUUUGUUAUGUAGAAUACUUGAAGAGCGAUAUUGAACUCUAGUAAUAGUUCUUUCCUAACAGAAGUGACAGAGGCUAGGUAAGAUGUCAGCCAUAUUAUCCACAUUAUCUAUAUCAUUGCACACACGGACUUUUAUCGAGAGAUACUGUUUAACAAUGACAUUAUUCUAUAUUUCUACAUAUCUUGUUGCAAGAGAUCAUACAUUGCAAAUCGUUGGCAACCGCUUUCUUAGCAUCGGAAUAUUUGAGCUUGUCUUAGAAAACAUCAUCAAAGUAAGUACAUUUAGAGGUCAGUAAGUGGAGAACCUUCUAUCUGCUUGACCUGUAGGUGGACACUCAUGUAAGUGGACAUUGCCUGCCAUCAGUAAACACUAUCAGCAACAUUUUAUUGAGAGGAAUGUGACAGGUUCAUGUUUAGUCAUCAGUAAGUAAAAGGUCGCAUCACUAAAAUACCAGAACAGUGUUUUAUCAGUUCAUUCUUCUGGUACACACCCGACAUUUCUUAGGUAGAUCAGUGUAUUUCUCUGUCUUCUCUUUAAAAAUAAAGCCUUUCUGAGGAAAACCACUCUUUUGCCAUAACAGGAUGGGAUUUUUCUCGUCAACGAAUUAUUCCACUUAUUUAUUUUUUAUUAUUUCAAGUCAUCACUGAGUUUGAUUUAUUAGUUGUUUCUGUUAAAAACUUAGAUGGUAAUGUACUUAUCUUCGUUGAAAGUUAGGCAUCUUGAUAUUGUCAAGAUGUAUGAAUCAGAUGUGUGAAAAUGUUUAAAUCAAAUGAACCACUCAGUCUCAUGCUACGUCCCUAAAUAUAUUUUAUCCUCAGAAAAUUUCAAAGGUUCCAAUGUUAUUAAACAGAAAUUGCUGACAGAAUAAUCGCUGUUUGAUGAGGCAGCGAUUACAGGAACCUGUCCUCUGUUUAUCUUGUGACAAAUUACAGAAUUUAUUAGAAUUAAUUAAUCGUUUGUAUAAAGUUCGUAUUCUCUUAUAACUAAGUGGAAAAAAAGGUAAAAAAGGAAAAUAAAGUUUCUCCAUCCUGUAGAAUAAUCGCAUAAUACCAGCUGACAGACUUAGGGUGGAGUUUACAGUAUUUCAACACUGAUGGGAACCAAAACCAGAAACUUCUUACACUGUAAUUAAUUGUUGUUGGUGUGUCACAUGCAAACAAACCUCAGCUACCUCUGACUACCUCGUUCACGAUAAAUGGACAAAAGCAAUAGUUGUAGUGGUAAAGUAGAGAGUUGUGUGAAGACAGUCUUGACAGUCGGAAUGUAUUCAAUGAGUGCAUGUGCUCUGACAAUUAUCAUUAAUUAAACCUACUUUAUUGAGAUUGCACGUUCAUAAAGAUUAGAAACCAUCCGUCUCUGUAAUCUUUUAUUGGAUAAUUUUAUAAUUAUGUAAAGCCAAUAGUGAAGUUUGAAAACAAAAAGAUGAAAGGAGCAAUGGAGUCCAAGUCAGUAAACAAAACACUUCAUUGCCCUGUCUCCUGUGUAAACAGCGAUGACCUGGUUGAGAGAUGCUAGAUGAGGAUUUGAUGCUUGGGAGACAGUUACAGUCGGAAAAGAGGCUUCGUUGGUGUCGUCGUCUAACUGCCGUGUGAUGAUGUGUGUACUAUCAUCAUAUUUUAGUGUGUACAUGAACAUUAGAAACACUGCCAGACAGCAGGCCUCACCUGCAGACAGUCAAACAACAAUAGGUGUGAACUGGUAGCAUAUGAAAAAAUGCGGUAGAAUAUUUAUUCUGUUAUAUAAUUGACACUGCUCUAUAUUUGAACUAUUUUAACUCUAGUCGACUCAGUUAAUCAUUACUAACUUAAUGUAAGGUACGUCGGUUUGACAGAGAAAUAAUAAA